CUUGUAUGUAACAUAUGUUAGACACGAAUUUGUAUUUUGUUUUUAAAUUUCAAAUUUUUCGGGUAAAAAAAACAACGAAAAAAUGUUUGAAACAUUUGAAAAUCAAAUUUCAAUCGUCAACAUAUUUAUCAUUAAACAAAUCAGAUAUGAAUAUUUUAGGAAAUGACUUUGAUGAUGAUCAAUACGUUACGAAGAGUAAUGAAAAUUUCAGCAAUGCUGAUUUCGAAAAUGAAAUAUUGCAAUUUACUGACCUACAAGAAAAAACAAAUGAUUACGAAACAAUUUCCUUUUCAUCAGAAUUAGCCAGUAAAGAAACAAUUUUCGAAACUUGCCUCGAUGGAAAAUAUGAUGAAAUUAUUGUCAAUGAUCAAUUAUUGGAUGAUUUUGUGAUAUAUGAAAGUAUUCAAGAUUCUUUAAUUUCAAAAGAAAUACAAUCACUAUCCAAUGAAAAUAAUGUUAAUUUCAACGAAAUGGAAGUUAUUGGAGAAUUUGAAUUGCCACAAACAAUGAAUUUACUUAAUAAAAAAAUACUUGACAAAAAUAUAAAUGAUAAUGAAAUUUUAUUAUGUCGACUUUGUGCCCAAAAAAACGAGAAUAUGAUUUACAUUUUUCAAUAUUCACCAAAUCAACAAAAUAUUGCUGAAAAAAUUAACAACUGUCUACCAAUUACUGUCACAGAAACUGAUAAAUUUUCAAAAACAAUUUGUCAUCUUUGCCUCGAAAAACUGGAAUUUAUUAACAAUUUCUACAAAACUGUAUCAGAAGCUGAGGCUAAUUUUAAAAAAUCAACAGAUUGUUCUGAAACAUCGAUCAAUGAGGAAAAUGAAAAUAAUUCUGAAGAAGAAAAUCAUCCAUCAACAAAAGACAAAACACAAAUAAAUGACAUUAGUUGUCGAAUUUGUGAAAGAAAAUUUUCAACACAAAGAAAAUGUUUUCUUCAUUCCACCAUGCAUACAUCGUCAAAUUAUUUUCCCUGUUCACUUUGUGAUAUUAAUUCUACAACUUUAGACGAAUGGAAAAAACAUUACACUGAACAACAUAAUGGAAGAAUUAGUGAAAGAAUGCCAGCUAAAUAUGAAUGUAAAAUUUGUAAAAAAAAAUUCAUCACCAUAAAUCGUUUGAAUUUUCAUCAAAAAUUUCAUGAAUUAAACGCUAAAGCUUGCUAUUGUGAUAAAUGUGAUAAAUUUCUUUCAUCAGAAUCGGUGCUCUAUCAACAUUCAAUAAUGGUACAUCAACAAACAAGAGAAUUUUGUUGUGAUAUUUGUGGAAUUCAAUUUAGAUCUCAGAGCCAAUUGGCAACGCAUCAACGUAAACACAACAACGAAAGACCCUAUGAGUGUAAAAUUUGCCUCAAACAAUUUAAUUCAAUGGACAAUUUACGACGUCAUGAAAAACUUCAUCUACCAACAAAACCAUUUCAGUGUAAUAAAUGUGAUAAGGCUUUUGAUCGUAUUAACAGUCUCAAUAAACAUUUGCUAAUACAUCAAAUAGCUGAAAAAUCAAAAAUUUUAUGCCAAAUCUGCAAUGGUUGCAAGCAAAUAUUAUUUGAUGAUUCCGAAUUUCAUAUUCAAAAUUGUAAUGAAGAAUUUCCAUUUAUCGAACACAAACAACUUGACACCGUCUACAGAUGUGAAUUUUGUCAACAAUGUUACACAUCAAUUGAAUCGGUAAAAAAUCAUUCCACAAUUCAUUCUGGAUCAUGUCCCUAUGUAUGUACAAUUUGUCAAGUGACUUUUGCAACUUACAAUCAGAUAAUAGCUCAUAAAAAAGCCCACAUUAGCAAAACAAAUCAGAAAACAAUUGAAGAUAAAGAAAAUAAAGUGACAAAAUUAUUUUUUUGUGAAAAUUGUGAAAAGACAUUUAGCAAUUUUACCAAUAUGAAUGUACAUCGAAAGACAUGUAUUAAUAAUGGUAGUACACUGAUUUGUCCAUCGUGUGACAUUCUUUUCGUGAGUAAACAAGAAUUCACGAAACACAAAAGAAGACGAGAAAUUGAUGAACAAUUUAAUUGUGAAAAAUGUAAGAUUUCAUUUGGUAAUAAAUGUGGUUUUGAGAUACAUAAAACAAUUAUUCACAUGGGAAAUGAAAGGAAGAAUAGAAAUUUAUUCACUUGCUCUCACUGUGGAAAGGCAUUUCAGCAAAAAGCUCAUCUAAAUAAUCACAUGAGAAGUCAUACUGGCGAGAAACCAUUUGCUUGUGAAUAUUGUAAGAAAAAAUUCAGUUUCAAAGCCGAUAGAGAUAAUCAUGAAAAAAUUCACAGUUUAGAACGUUUAUUUAAAUGUAAAAUGUGUGAAAAAAGUUUUAAAAAUUCUGCACGACUACGUGAGCAUAUGAUACAUCAUUCUGAUAUUCGUCCUUACAAAUGUGAUUAUUGCGAUCAAGCAUUUAAAAAGACGAAUGCAAGAAAAGUUCAUACACUUAUUCAUACAGGUGAGAAGCCAUAUCAAUGUGAUAUUUGUGGUAUUUCAUUUCGAAGAACGGGCGAUUUAAAUAAACACAAAAAAACUCAACACAAAAUUCUAAUUGAAAAAAAAUCGAUGAGGAUCCCAGAAUCGGAAGAUCCGUGGAACAUGGACAGUAAAUUGAAGUUCGCUGACCGCUUAAAAGCGUUGCUCAAUACAGAAUCACGUCAAGACGUUGAUCCCUACGUCUUUAGUGAACCGGAACCAUUUACAUCAUCAUCCGGUGCAACAUCAGCGGCAGCAGCAGUAGCAGCCAAGAACUUCAAAUUGCUCGCAUCCAAAAAUUCAAAACCACCACAACAUCAACAGCAACAAUUACCAAAUAAUCGUCCAUCAAAAUCAAAAUCAAAAUGCAAUAAUCAGAGGAUAAUAAAAAUAAAACAAGAAAUAUCAACAAAUUAUCAAGAAUUUGCAAAUAAAAAUUUAAAUUUUCGUUUCAAUGAAACUGCAAUACAACGUAAAAGAAAGCAAGAAAAUUUAUUACGCAACAAUAUAAAUUCAAUUCCAAAACGACCGAGUCGUGAUCAUACACUUCUCUAUUAUCCACGUGCAGGCGAUGAAAUAUCCGACAGUGAUUCAAGUGGUGAGGAGGCAUCAAUUUAUCAACGUCAUUGGUUUAAUGGUGAAUCAACAGAGCCAACAACACGAUCAUCGCGUCUAAUACAAUUACGUUCACAAUUACGUCGUCGGCUUAUUCAAUUGCAUAAAAGUGGAAUUGAAUCGGAGACAAAUUUACGUUGUCGAACACGUUUAUUGGUGAAGGCAGCAUAUCGUGAUCCAUCGUUGGCGGCGCGUAAAAUUAAUGGAAAUAAAGACACAGCUGACAAUAGAAGCAUUAUUAAAGAGACAAGAAAAAUUAUCGAUGGUCCAUUACUUGUUGGUGGUCCAUGUCUAAUGAAUGGUUGUCGUCAAAUUUCACUACCAUGCACAAGACAUUGUUCACGACACAUUAUGAUGAAUUGCGAUCAACAAUUAUUUGAGCAUUGCACUGCCAAAUUUAGUGACAAUACACAAUGUUCAAUUCCUGUUUUUGAUGUUGCUCAUGAAUUGCCAUUAUGUCCUGAGCAUGCGCGUAAACGUGAUAAUUAUCAUCGUAAAGCACAGGAAUCGAAACCAAAGAAAUCGAGAAAAAAACCCUCAUCAAUGUCAUUAACAUCAUCAUUAUCAGUAUCAUCGUCAUCGAUUAAUGUUAAUCAAACGACAAUGCCAAGGCCAAAGGCAAAAUCGAGACCUAAAAAAAGAAAACGACCAACGGCGACAACUUUGGCGCCGCCGCCUCCUCUUCCGCCACCACCACCACCACAAUUGCAAUUAUCGAAUUGUAAAGAACAAGAAACAAAAACUGUGGAUAUGGUAAUAUCGGAACAAACUAUUGAAUUAACGGAUGAUGAUAAUCAACAUCAUAAUCAUCAGCAGCAACAACAACAGCAGCAGCAGCAACAUCGUUUUGUUAGUCAUAUAUCACCUGAGAGUCAUACAAAAACAUUAAAUAAUUUAAAUGCACCACAAGGCACAUCGAAUACAAAUUUAAAUCUUGGUUUAGGAUUGGGUGGAUUGGGUCUUGGUGGUGGACUUAAAGUUGAACUUGGCGAUCAUGAAGUUUUUGCAUCAUUAGAUGCGGCCGAACAUGAUUUUGGCAAUGUACUCAAUAAUUUGCCAGCUGAUGCUUUCAAUGAUUUAUUUAUUGAAAGUAGAAACGGUGAAUACGAGCCAUCGCGCGAAGAAGAAGAAGAAUUGGAACGUGCAUUGGAAGCUGUUGACAAAGAUGUACGAACUCUAGAGCGAUUGGGACAAUCGCAUGGAUUAUUGGAACCAGCUUUACUUGCCCAAUUGAUGUCAGAUAUUGCUUCGUAGCCCCCUCAUUAAAUUUUUGUGUUGAACAAAAAAAGAAAACUUAAAAAAUAAUCAUCAAACACUUUCUCGCAUAUCUCGUAGCGAACAAUAUAUUUUUUUUUUAUCGUCAAUGUCUGUGCUGGUAACAAAAAAAAAAAAAGAAAGAAAAAGUGGUAGUGUCACUUGGAAAAAAAAACAAUUUUUUUUUCUAUUAGUCAAAUAAUAUUAGAGAGCAAUGCAUUAUUUUCGAGAUUCUCGAAAUUAUUAAAAAGAAAAAAAAAUUGAAUAGUGAGACUUCGUUUUGUUGUGAUAAAAACCAGUUGAGCGUUUCGUUCAAAUUAUGAGUGAUAGUUAAUUAAAAAAAAAUAAAAAAAAAAACAGUUUAAAAAAAUUGAAGGGGGUGAAAAUAAUGUGAGUACGAUUUUAAAUGAACUUUUAAUUGAAAAAUCCGAGUGAUUAUUCAAUUUUCAAAUAAUCCACAGGGAUUUAUGAACUUUAUUGUGAAAAACUUGUCACUUAAAAAAAAGAGGCUUAAGUAUUUCUCUAAAGUCGAUUAAUCGACCUUUGUACAUAAAAAAAAAUAUUAAAAUACCAGACAGUCAAAGUGCGUGUACAUUAGAUACGAAUUUUUUGUUUUUUCGAAACAAUAGUCGAAUUUCAUAAAUGAAAAUUAGUUUUCAGUGCUUUAACUCCAAUUAAGAGUUUAUGAGCUGCGAUUUACAAAAAAAUAACUUAUUUUGCUACGUUUAUUCGUAUAAAUGAGAACAUUCCGAAAAUAAAAAGUUACGAAUCAUUUUUGGGAAAAGAAAUUUUUGCAAAUGCAUGAAUAUUCAUAUUAAUUUAAAUUAUUUAUUUUAAAUUUUCACUAAGUGAACUGAAAACCAAAUUUAAAUCAAGUGAAAAGAUUUAACGAAUCUAAUUUCAAAAUAAUUAUUUUUCAUAAGAGAAAUAAAAAAACAACUAAAAAGAAUAGUAAUAAAAAUUUGUUUUAUAUUUUUUAAAUAUUUAUUUAUUUAUUAAAACUUAAAAAUAAUUUGCAAAAUUUUCUUUUCUAUAAAAAAUUCGUUAAAAUCGAAAUUUUUUUUACAAUUUUCAUAUUCGCUUUACGUGAUAAUAAUAAAGAAAAACAAAAAAAAAUAUGAAAAUUGAAUUUCGAUAAAAUUCCCUUAAAUUACGAAAACAAAACGUUGCAAAAUUAUUAUCCUCUCACGAAAAAAAAAAAAAAAUGUAAAAGAAUUAUUUAUACAUGUUAUAUACAAGUAACACCAGUUUCGUUCAAUUUAAUAAAAAAAUUUGUUAAAUUGUGCAUAUAUAGUAGAAGCAAGACAUUUUCACGAGAUUUUUAAUUUUUCAUUUUCAAUUAUUCUUGCAGUCGACAACAAAAAAAAAAGUCAAGAAGCUUCACGUUUCUUUUUUUUAUAUAUACAUAUAUAUAGAUAAAUUUAUAUAAUAAUAAUUAUGAUAGGUAAUUUUUGUAUCUUCAAAAAGGGAGAAAAAUAAAAAAAAAAAAUAAAAAAAUGAGCACUUAGUUCGCAGACGUUGCAAACCCGUGUAAAUGUUGAUAAAAAAAAAUAGCUUUUUGCGCAUUAUAAUUAAAUACAAUUAAUUAUCUAUAUAUAUAUUUAUAAUUGCGCAAAAUAAUGUUUUAAAAGAGGCGCAAGAAAAAAAAAAAACAAAA